AUGCCUAAAGUGCUCAGCUUGCCCUCGAUGCGGUUUAUCCCUCAAGUACCUAAGACACAGUCUGAAGAUGGUUCAGGACCAGCUAAAGACAUAGAAACAUUGGAACCCAAAGCUGAUGCCAUCUCAAGCAUGCCUCAAUACACAUGGGAUGAUUGUGCUUAUGAAGUUUUAAAACAAUUGAAUUUACUUGAGUAUCAUAACAGAACACUUUCACUACAGAAUGUUCUAGCAGUUAGUUCUAAAUCCCUGGAAGGAUGUGCACCUAAGUCAUUAGAAGAUCUUCCAUGGUAUUUUCUUUAUAAGGUAAUGAGGUCUGAUUCUAAUGCAGUCAAUAUAAAAUGUAGUUCUGAUGUUCUGCAGUCUGACAAUUCAGAUUCCAAAUCUGACACAGAUGAUGAUAUUAUGACUGGUACCCAUCCAUCAGUUACCUGGAUCCAUCCAUUAGAUUUAAUAGUCUCAGUGUUUCUCUGUUCAAAUCCUUUGUUACAAACGGAGCUCAUGGUAAAAAUGUCUGCAUGUCAGUUUGCAUUGCCACUCUUACUACCCAAGUGGAAUAACAGUUGUACCUUCCUUCUGUGGGGUCAGGAAACCCAUGCUACAAAUUUUGUUGAAACUUUAAACACAACAACUGAAUUUUUGAAAUUUACGUUCAAAUUUUCAGAGAAGGAAAUAGACUACCUUGACGUCAAGUUGACUAAGGACCCCAGGAACAGCACUUUGACAUCAACAGUGUUUAGAAAAACUACGUACUGCAAUUCUUUCCUGCACUUCACCAGUUUCCACCCGUAUAAACAGAAACGGUCGAUUGUUAAAGGACAACUGGUGAGGGCAGGGAGAAUGUGCAGUACUAUGACAGAUUUCACUAUAGAAUGUGAAUUGUUGAAGGAAAUGUUUAAGAACAGGGGUUAUCCUGACCAAUUGUUAUACGAUUUGAUUGAGGAAGUUACUAAUAAAAGACUUAAUGGCUUUUAUAAACCUUUAUUAGUACAAACCACUCUUAAUCAGAUUGACGAUCAAACUGACAUAAACCUUAUAGGGUUGAAUUUGAGUAAUGAGGAACCUGAAGUUACGCCUAUUGUAAAGGAAAGUGAUUUUGGUUUAAGCUUUAUCACUACUUUCAGUAGAAAUUCUAAAGAAAUUUCAGCUAUAAUACAAAAAGCAGAAUAUGAUUCCUUGAACAAUUUGAAACUAAAUAGAGAGAUAGUAAUCACCAAUGCAGACAAGGGAGGGGGAGUAGUGGUGUUGGACAGACAUGAAUAUGUGACUAAUAUAGAAAACACUUUACAACAGAAUAAGACAUAUCAAGAAUUGCAAUUGGAGGGGGUCAUGAGAAUUAUUAAUAAAGUUAGCACUGAGCUAUAUGAUAUUUUAAUGUGCCGACAAGUGAGUAAAGAGAUGUUUGACUUUUUACACAUUAAUGAACCGCUGAUACCAACACUGAAAGGUCUGCCCAAGAUACAUAAACAAAUAGAACCAUUACCCAUGAGACCUAUUGUCUCGGGCAGACAAUGGGCUACCUAUAACAUCUCCAUAUUCAUAGAAAAGAUGUUGAGGCCACUAGUGGAUGAUACACAGCACAUUUUAAAAGAUACACAACAUCUGCUGAAAGAUCUUGAAUCUUAUGAUAGUAUAGAAAAGAGGAAUGGAAAAUUAUUAUUAGUUACUUUAGAUGUUCGUGACUUGUUCACCUGUAUCCCGAAUGACUACGGAACCCAGGCAAUUAGAGAAUUGCUGGUGAACAGUAGUAAAUACUCAAGGAAUAGACAAAUAUUAAUAAGUCAGUUACUUGAAUUGGUAUUAGAGUGUAAUGUAUUUAUAUUUCACAAUAGAUACUAUUUACAAACAUGGGGUGUCGCUAUGGGCACCCCAUGUGCCAAUUCAUACGCAAAUCUGGUACUGAAAUACUGGGAACAGGAACACAUCUUUAAUAGUGAAUGGAUGACAUAUAUACGGACAUAUAAAAGAUUUGUAGAUGAUGUGUUUUUGGCAUGGGAUGGUACAGUUGAAGAACUGAAUAGAAGUAUGCAAAAUUCACAACCGCAAAAAUCUGAUUGCGAUAUAGUACAGAAUGGAGUAACAGAGAACAGUGGACAGAAAAACAGAAGAAUUAAUGGAAGGGAGGCCCUAGUAUUGAGCAUUCAUAGUGGAUGGCAGGAAGAGUCUGAAAGGGAUAUGGUAACCGAUCUUUUGGGUGAGGCUAGGAUUGAUGCCUCUAUGGAAGAGAUCACCAUAUCAUCGCAGUUAACUCCUUAUCAAGUCCAGGAGAUAAAAAUUAUAUUGCAGGAAUUUGGGGAUAUGUUCACAUGGAAGCCUGGAUGUACUGAUUUGGUGCAGCACCAUGUGGACACAGAACUCCAAAAACCUAUUAAGCAGGUUCCUUAUAGAGUAUCUGGGAGAAUGAAGCAGACUCUGAAAGAAGAAAUAAGGGAAAUGCUAGAAGUGGUGGUUAUUCAAGAGUCUAACAGUCCUUGGGCUUCCCCAGUAGUGCUAGUGCCAGAGAAGGAUGAUGAAAAAGAAGCAGCCCAAGCAGAUGGAAAUAUUUGUUGUGACAAAAAAACAAACACACCUGCAUGGAAUACUUGUUUGCAAGAUAAUGACAAAGCAAAAGAGAAAUCUGAAUUUCUGAGUGAUAUCAGCUUGGACAGGCACACAUGGAACAGUCAUGCUGAUGAAGUGUUAAUACAAAUGGAUUUAAUUAAUUACUGUAAAAUGAAGCUUUCCUUGAGGAAUGUUCUAGAAAUUAGUGCUGAAUCUUUGGAAGGGUGUGCACCAGAAUCUCUAAAACAUCUUCCAUGGUAUUUUCUUAGGAAAAUAAUGAGAUCCGAUUCCACUGCAAUGAAUAUAAAAUAGCUAAAAGGUAUCGUCACUAAAGAUGAGCUGUGGGAGUUGGAAUCUGAAAAUAAUGUAACAGUUUCCUGGAUACACCCAUUAGAUUUAAUUGUGUCAGUGUUUCUCUGUUCAGAUGCUCUGUUACAGCAAGAGCUCAUGGUAAAAAUGGCUUCAUGUCAACUUGCUUUACCACUCUUACUACCUACAUGGAACAACAGUUGUACCUUCCUUCUGUGGGCACUGCGCUCAGUUAAAAAGAAGUGGAACCCUGUAGGUGGCACUGGGUUCCAGGAAGGACAUGUGGUUUCACUGAAAUUUCCAACUUGCUCAUUCCUAAGGAUAGGCAACAUCAGUGUGUCAAAGUCUAAAACACUGAAUGACAUACUCAGCAACAAACAGCAAUAUCAGAACAUCUUUCUCCAUUACCAGAUGGACUGUGGAGAUUUACCCAGGAAAAUUUCUGAAGGCCUUGCAGAGGUCACAUGGUACUUACCCUGUGGCUCUGUAAGCAUUGAUGUUUUCACACGACCAUUUCAAAUAAUUAACCUCCGUGGUGAUGGCCAAAGAGCACCAGAACAAGUUAAAUUUUUAACACAAGUCUCGUCUGCUGUCUUUGUGUUCCUUGAUGAUAUUACAGAGUCAAAACUUCAGUACUAGGAAAACUUUGCACAAAGCAAUGCACAGCUCUAUCUUGUAUUAACCUCAGAUGUUACAUCAGAGUCUUCAAAGAAUUUACUAAUGACUUUUGUAAAAAAGUUUUCUUUGCUCAAAAAACAUGUCAUUAUGAAACACAAGGAGAAUGAUUGCAGGUUUACACAAAAACUUCAAUUCACACUACAGUCGGCUGUGGAUCAGUGUGACGGAGGAAAUAUUUUAUGUUUAGAGGAAAUGAUUUCUGUGGCACGGCAUUGUAACAUUCACAUAGAUGAAGAUGAUGAUAAAAAAGUUACAUCUACAAAGAAAUUGUCUGAAAAAUGUAUUGCCCUUAUUAAACAUGAAGAUGUAUCAUGUUUCAAAUGCAGCAAUUUCAGCUUUCAAGGUGAAUCCUGCAAGAAACUGUCAGAUAUUGAGAAGGAGCAAAGCUGUUUAAAAAACUGUUCAGGAAAUGUGGAAAUUUAUAACACAAAGUUAGAAAGAAAAAAGAGAGAGUUAAGAUCGUCUUUGUUACAAAAAGAUCUUCCUGAAAUUAUGAAAAGCUUCAUUCACAGUCUGGCCAAUUUAUCUGGGACUGAAAGACAACUUUUUCUUCAGUGGCUGAAGCAAAAGUUAGAUUCACAAUCUCGAACAAAAAUGACUGAUUUAAGAUGUCGGUACAAGAGUACAUAUGAAGCAUUAAUCAAUACAGAAAUACAGGCAGAAAGAGAACAAAACCAGAUUGAACUUAAAAAGACAAAUGAUGAACUCAGUAUUGCCUCACUAGGGCUAGAACAUUUCAUGCGUGAAGUGGGACAGAUUUAUGAAACUAUAAUAACUGAAAAUGUUGAAUCAUUUCAAGGAAUUCCAUCUAUUGACACUUUAGCGCAUAAGGCUGCAGAAAUAAUGCUAGAUGGUUUACUGCUGGAACUUCUUGAUGGAGAUGCUGGUACCAUACCAAUACACUGGGUAACAGCUGUUCUAAAACAAGUUUCUGCACUUGUAGGAGCAGAUAAACGUGCAUUUGUACUGACAGUGUUAGGUGUACAAAGCACUGGAAAGUCGACUUUGCUGAACACAAUGUUUGGGUUGCAGUUUGCCGUGAGCAGUGGGAGAUGCACAAAAGGUGCAUUUAUGCAAUUGAUUAAAAUCAUAGGUAGCUUACAAUCACAGCUGGGCUACGAUUUCCUCAUGAUUAUUGAUAUUGAAGGAUUAAAAGCCCCUGAGUUACAGAGUUUAAUAGAUGCUUAUGAGCAUGACAAUGAACUGGCAACAUUAGUGAUUGGACUAAGUGAUAUGACCUUGCUAAAUAUAUCCAUGGAACAUUUUGCAGAAAUGAAAGAUAUAUUGCAAAUUGUUCUGCAUGCCUUUAUCAGAAUGAAAGAGAUUGGAAAGAAGCCAGUUUGGGUGUUUGUUCAUCAGAACGUUGGUGACAUCUCUGCUCAUGAUCAAAACCUGAUGGCACGCAAACUUCUAAUGGACCAGUUAGAUGAAGUUACAAGAGCUGCAGCAAAAAUGGAAAAAUGUGAGGAAAAUUUUAAUAAAUUUACUGAUAUUAUGGCCUUUGACGCUAACACAUCCAGUGGAUAUAUUGCAGGCCUUUGGCAUGGUUGUGGCCCUAUGGCAUCUGUUAGUAAAGGAUACAGUACAAGUAUAUUUAAUCUGAAGAAGGCCUUAUUUAAAGCCAUUAAGACCUGCAGUGAAUUCAGGACAACAUUUAUUGACUUCUCCAAAGUGAUCGAUGAUAUGUGGAAUGCAGUGAAAAUGGAAAAUUUUAUAUUUAGUUUUAAAAACAGCUUAGCAGCUGAGGCCUACCAUCACCUUACAAUGGAAUAUGCUGACUGGGAUUGGGAGAUGCGAAGAGCUGUGCAGGAGUGGACAGUGGGGGCUGAAAAUAUAAUUGAAGCUUCUGAAACUGACAUAUAUAGGUCAUUAGAAACAGAACUCACUGAACUGGUUACAGAAACUCAAAAUGUUGCACUUGAGCAUCUGGAAAAGUAUUUUAACAAAACACAGCUUCUUGUAGAAUACAGACAAAGAUUUAUUAAUAGCAUUGAAAUUCUUGCAAAAGAGUUGAUCAUUUCUGCCUCAGACAGGUGCCAAGAUGCAAACCGGAGAAACAAAAGUAUUAAGGAAAUCAAAACUCUGAAAGUAAGUUACAAAAUAAAACUUAAAGAGAGUAUUUUUGAACUAUUGAAAAACUGCAAACAAGAGACCUCUAAACUAAAUGAUAAUCAAUUAUUAUUUUUUUCAAUGAAGUGUGGGAUAAAGAAACUAGUUCUAUCCCGGUUCCUCCACCCAAGAAUAUUAAUAUUGAGGCAGAUAUGGAGAGCAUACCAGAACAGUUGGCGCAGCGAGCAGGGUCUGUGGUUUGCAGUAGACAUCUCACAACAGCCAAUGUUUUUUCCAUUAAAGCAUAUAGGUGUAGGGUUAAAUAAGAAACAUCUUACAGAUACCAAAAGUAAGGGAGGGGCAAAUGUUGAAUUGCCAGCAUUAUUUGGAAAAUGGGACCCCCUUGCUAAGGUAUUGAGUCAAGUUUCACCUCCUCCUUCCCCAAAAUACUCACCAGCAAAACCAGUAGACCCUGAGGAACUAGCAAAGGCCUUAUCAGGUUUAAAGUUGGAGGAUAAGGGGGAAAAGGUGAAAGAGGGGGUGGGGGCAGCCGGAUGGCUGUUCUUUGAAGCAAUACAGGAGUUAGACAAGGAUGUAGAAGAUUUGAAAGUAAAAAUUCUAGAAUUAGAAGACCAGUGUAAAGAACAUGCACACACCCACCGAUUGGAUAGGGAUGCCUUGGAGAAGGCAGAUGUGGAACUGGCUAUGGCAGGACAGGAGGCAGAGCAUUGGAAGACUAAUUCAAGUGACUCUGGCCAAUUGACUGUGAUAGCUCCUGUACCAGAACACAUUUUGGGAAUAGAUGUUCUAAAGGGUAGGACCUUAGAAACUACAGUAGGGCCAUUUAGAUUUGGAGUACGGCACUGUUCAGUCAAUGCAGUCAAGGCUGUUGUUCGAGGUGAUGCUAAGUGGGAACCUCUGCAUAUUCCCACACCAAAAGUGGUGACCAACAUUAAACAAUAUCGUAUUCCAGGGGGCCAUUCAGAAAUUACUGAAACAAUCCAGGAAUUACUUCGAGUUGGCAUACUCGAACUGACUGUGAGCCCAUUCAAUAGCCCGGUGUGGCCAGUCAAAAAACCUGAUGGUUCCUGGCGUAUGACAGUAGAUUAUCGGGGCUUGAAUAAAGUGGCUCCACCUUUAACUGCAGCAGUACCGGACAUUGUUACUAUUGUUGAAAGACUUUCUUCUUCUGCUGGGCCGUACCAUGCAGUUUUGGACUUGGCAAAUGCUUUCUUCUCCAUACAUAUAGCAGAAGAGAGUAGGGCUCAAUUUGCAUUUACUUGGGAGGGGAGGCAAUAUACCUUCCAGGUACUUCCACAAGGAUAUCUACACAGCCCAACACUCUGCCAUGGGCUGGUGGCCAGAGACCUGGCUAAGUUGCAGUUAAAUAAAGUGACUGUAUUUCAUUACAUUGAUGAUAUCCUGAUUACAGGAGAAAAGCCAGAUGUAGACAUUGCAUUGAAAACACAACAAGAUUGGAAAAUCCAUGGUAGACCUUUGUGGGGAGGGUCAGAAGAUUGGCAACAGAUCUGGGAGAAGGCACAACGGUGCCAUAUUAGUGUUGAUCAUGUGGAUGCUCAUGCAUCACUUGUGGCAGAUGAAAGAAGGCAUAAUCAGCAAGUAGAUAAAAUGGCUGCAGUACGUACUGUUGAGGAGAAGCCUGAGGAUAUCAGCAUGGCCAGUGACCAAGGCAGUCACUUUACAGGAGCAGAAGUCCAAGAAUGGGCAAAGGAAAAUGGAGUUCGAUGGGUGCUACAAAUACCAUAUCAUCCCCAGGCUGCUGGUUUGAUUGAAAGGUACAAUGGACUUCUUAAAGAACAGAUUCGUAUGAAUACAAGUGACAGAACUUUGCGAGGAUGGGCAAAGGUACUGGAACAAGCUAUUGUUGCCACUGUUUGGGAAGACACCGACUCUUACCAGCGAAGACACCUAGAUGGACCAUAUGAGUGUCAUGACCCUAUUCCUCUGUUUAGUGUGGGAGACAUGGCUAAUCUGACAGGGGACUGUGACUUUUAUUGGAAGCUGGGAAAAGAUUUGUUUGCAGUGACUACCAAACCUGCCUUGACAUGGAAUUUGACCAGCACAGAAUACAUCACAACUGUUUGUAGACUAAACUGUGACAGGCAUCCAGAGAAAUGCACUCCCAAUCCUGCUGGGGGCUUAUAUCAGAGACUGAAUGAAUCAGGAUUUUCUCUGGCUGAGUCUCCAUUAGAUUCUUCCUGCAUAGUCGAAUUUCAAAGGGAAAACGACACUGCAGAAACCAGAUCUCCAAGUUUGGAGAUAUAUGCUAUGGAUAACAGUUCAACAGUAUUUGAUGGUUUAGGACAUAUAAUAAGAUACACAAGAGGAUGUAAAACUAACAGGAAACAGACAGGUUUUCAUAUUCAUCUGAAUUUCUAUUGGAAUUUAGUUUACGUGUAUGUGCCUCUACACUCCCCAAAUUUAAGGAUAUGCACGAAAAGUUUGUUGAAAAAAAUGACCCUCGAAAACUACUUGCUAGAGAGAGAAAAUUAUUUUUGCCUGUUUAAGGAACUGUACAAAACUAAUGAUGUAAGCCAAACAAUGGCAGGAACUUAUGCUGAAAACUUUCUGAAACCAGCAAUUAUCAAAGCAAUUGAGAAAAGGCUGGGGUCUGACAUUGUUAAUGACAUGAAAAGCAGGUAUCCUGGGGGAGAAUUUAAAACUAGAAUGAUCUUUCUCGUAGCAAUUAUGUAUGACUUGCACAUUAAAGAUCAUUUAAAAAAUUACUAUGAUUUCAUUAGCGUGGGUUAUUGCUAUAAUAGUACAUUUUAUGAGGAGAAGUGGCUACGUGACAGAAUAGUUCAGCAUUGUGAGAAGAGAAAUACAGGACACACCAGACUUUUUGAACUGGCCAUUGACAUUUUGAAAGUGUUAGUUAACAUACUGAGAAAAGAGAUAAAUAUUGACAAAGUUAAAAAAUGUAAAACAAUAGAGGAAUUUUUCAAGAAAGUAAGGGAAAGUGUUCAAAGCCAUCUAGUUAUAUCAUCAGACAUGGGCACAUUCGCAUCUCUGAUUGAUCUGCAGUGUUUUGUUAAAUAUUUGGAGACUGACAUUAACAAGAUUCAAAAGGACAUUGAAACAGAAAUUGAUCAGUGGGAAGUUGAUACAAAAAUAAAAUCACUGCCCUCCUCACCCACCGAAGUGCUUUAUGACACAUUAGCUGGAUGUAGGAAGUAUUGCUUCUGGUGUGGGGCCCCCUGUGAAUGCACCGAACCUGGUCAUGUGACACACAGUACUAACUAUCACAGACCACAAGGAGUAAAUGGUUAUAGGUGGGUAAAUACAACUAUAUUAGUAAAUGAAAUCUGUACAACACUUGUUGCAAGCAACAGUCCGUUUCAGAACAAGGACACUAACUGGCAAUGGGUUCCUUAUAAGGAUUACAAAUCUGUUAAUGAUUACUACAAAUCUUGGGACAUCAUACCAGACACAAGUCUGAUGGGAUCUUCUUACUGGAAGGCUGUGUUCUACAAAUAUAAUGAACAGUUUGCUACAGAGUACAAAUGCUUACCUGCUGAUGUUCCAUCUGAAUGGAAUUUUGACUGGAAAGUAGUUUGCCAACACAUGGCAGAAGCUUACAAUGUAACUCUAGACCGUUUGUGUGUAUUUGAGUAGAAACGUAACUAAGAAACAUGGAUACACACAGUAAAUGCAAGCCAUACCCUUUGUAAAAUGUGGAAAUCAUCUGUGUUUCACAUUUGUUAGCCACAAAGAAUAGCAAGGGGAGUAUGCUAGAAAUUAACUGCACAGCAUUUACAUGCACUUAUAUGAGCUAUGUAUGUAAUAAAAGUAUGUAUGUAAUAUUUAUAUAAAAUGUAGUGUUUUUAAAGUACUUCAGUAAAAAUUAGAACAAGCCACAUACUGAGGUAAACCAAAAGUGAUAUAAGUGAAGCUUUCUGUCAGCACAGUAUGGUAACUAUUAAUUUGCUCAGUUAACAUACAUGUGUUGCUAUAUAUUUUAUGUUAUCUAUACAGCCUUGUCAUAAACUCAUUUAUACAACCUUGUCAUAAACUCAUUUAAUCUGCUGCAUUUAUACCUGCUUGUUAGUCAUCUGACUACACUGAAACUGUUGUUCUAACCCUCUUAUUUCUGAUUUAAGCACUUGGGCUCCAAGCUAGUUAUCUUAGGUUCAUAGGUUCAUAGGUGUGUACUAGACUAAUGG